ACAUUUGUUGAGCUACCAAGAAUUAAAUAUUACAGCUCAACAUUUUUAACGUUUGCUGUGUUGAGUGAAGUUAGUAAUCUUUCGUGUGAAGUUGAAAAGCAGCCAAUUGCUAUUUACUUCCGCUGUUUUCGCAUUGCGUCAAUAGCCACUUCAACGUGUGUGAAGCCACGCGGUUUCCUAUUCGGGCGUUUUAAACUGUCACUGUUUAUAUACUACAUAUAUUUUAGUGUUAAAAUGAGUUCUCAAAAAGGAAAUGUUUCCCGAUCGCGAGGCCCAAAACACCAGAAUGUAACAGCCUUCAAAAAUGACAAGUAUGGUGCAAGCGCACAAGUUAAGAAAGCCAAAGCAAAGGUUCAUGAUGGUCUGUGCCAGCACUGCAGAGAUGUGCUAGAGUGGAAAGUCAAGUACAACAAAUACAAGCCCCUUACACAGCCACGAAAAUGUGUGAAGUGUCUUCAGAAAACAGUGAAGGAUGCCUAUCUCAUAAUAUGCAAGCCAUGUGCACUAAAGCUAGAGCUUUGUUUGAAAUGUGGGAAGAAGGAAGACAUUGUCAUUCCACUUGACAAGGAGGAGGAAGAAGAGGAAGAGAACACCAGCAAACCAAAUAAAGAGAAAAGACAGAAAAAAAGAGAUGAGGAGGAAGAAGUGGAUGAAGAUUUUGAUGACGUGGGCGUUAGCAAUGAUGACUGUGAUAGUGAUUCAGAGGCAGAAGGAAAUUGACAUUUGCAAUUUUCUUUAUGCAUUACCAGCAAACAACUAAACCCAAGAACAACAUAUCUAUGGAAACCUGAGGCUGGGUUUUGGACAUGCACUCACCUGUUCACCUGCUGUUAACUGGGGAAAGACUCCCAGGAGGUGUUUUCCUGUUGGCUGUAGUGAUUGUUUGUUUUCAUCUAGACCCCUUACAGUGAUCUUGGAGGAACUGAAACAGUAAUAUGCCGAAACCCUCAGUCUUGUUUUUUAAAUCAACACAAGCAUUUUGAUAGCAUUCAUGUUAUUGAGAAGCUGUGUGAAUGAAAUGUGUUUUAUUAUCAUAUGAAGCACAUUUGGUGAAAAAAAAAAACAGAAAUGGGAAGUACUGAUGAAACAGGUCCAUUUAAUAAAAGACCUACAUGCAAAUUUUGUACUGCUUAGACAGCUGCCUGUUUAGAAAAUUCUGAAUUACAUUCAAUGUUAAAUCUACAACUUCAGUGUCCUGUUUUCUGUCUUGCUGUCUGUGAUUUUGAUUUUUGAUUUGAUUUAUUUUUAACAGGUUUUUUUUUUUUGAAAUAUCCUCUUGCAUAUCAUUAUGAGUGGCUGCAAAAAUACAGGGGACCUACUUUAUAUUAACCAUCAUUAGCUAUUAUGUACUAACAUUUAAAUGAAUAAUUUGCAAUGAACCUA